GGCUGCCAGUAGGAGACUAGAGGCAACACCCGGGAGCGGAGAAACCAGUUUGGCUGGUCUCGCGGAGCGGAGGGAAAAGGGCGGCCGCAGAGGAAGGGGGCGCGUACGCGGGGCGGGGGCAGGCGGGGAGCCACAGGAGAGCUGCGAGAGCCGGAGGAGCCUCCGCCAACUGGACACGCUUCCCGGGGCCCCGGGCCAGCCCCGUGCGCCAUGAAGCGCUAGCGCUGCGGCAGGGCUGGCGGACGGCGGCUGCGGGCAGGUGCGCAAGCGAGCGCGCGGAUAGGCGCGCACCCGGCGGAUGCCCCAGUCGGGGCCCAGCGAGCGCCAGCUCUGUGACAAAUCUUAAGAGAUUUGGGGGCAAACACACCUUGUUGAAAUCUCAUUCUGUGACCCUGGAGGAGUCACCUAACCUCUACAAAGCCUGCAAAAAAAGAUAACACCUGCUUUUUAGGUAGUUCCAAUUUGCCAGCAGAAUGAAUACAAAAAGAGACUCAGAAACGACAUUUGAGGAGGAUUCUCAGCCUAAUGACGAAGUGGUCCCUUACAGUGAUGAUGAAACAGAAGAUGAACUUGAAGACCAGGGGCCUGCGGUGGAACCAGAGCAGAAUCGAGUUAACAGAGAAGCAGAGGAAAACCGGGAGCCAUUCAAAAAAGAUUGUACAUGGCAAGUCAAAGCAAAUGAUCGAAGCUUCCACGAACAACCUCAUUUUAUGAACACAAAGUUCUUUUGUAUUAAGGAGAGCAAAUAUGCGACUAAUGCAAUUAAAACAUACAAGUAUAAUGCGUUUACCUUUCUACCAAUGAAUUUGUUUGAGCAGUUUAAGAGAGCAGCCAAUUUCUAUUUCCUGGUCCUUCUUAUCUUACAGGCAAUCCCUCAAAUCACGACCCUGGCGUGGUACACCACCCUGGUGCCCUUGCUUGUGGUGCUGGGCAUCACGGCCAUCAAAGACCUCGUGGACGAUGUGGCUCGCCAUAAAAUGGACAACGAAAUCAACAAUAGGACAUGUGAAGUCAUUAAGGAUGGCAGGUUCAAAAUUGCCAAGUGGAAAGAGAUUCAAGUCGGAGAUGUCAUUCGUCUGAAAAAAAAUGAUUUCAUCCCAGCUGACAUCCUGCUGCUGUCCAGCUCUGAACCUAACAGCCUCUGCUACGUGGAAACGGCUGAACUGGAUGGAGAAACCAAUUUAAAGUUCAAAAUGGCACUUGAAAUCACACACCAGUAUCUCCAGAAAGAAACUUCAUUGGCAACAUUUGAUGGUUUUAUUGAAUGUGAGGAACCGAAUAACCGACUAGAUAAGUUUACAGGAACACUGUUUUGGAGAAAUACAAGUUUUCCUUUGGAUGCUGAUAAAAUUUUGUUACGCGGCUGUGUGAUCAGGAACACUGAUUUCUGCCAUGGAUUGGUCAUUUUUGCAGGUGCUGACACUAAAAUAAUGAAGAAUAGUGGGAAAACCAGAUUUAAAAGAACUAAAAUUGAUUACUUGAUGAACUACAUGGUGUAUACGAUCUUUGUUGUUCUUAUCUUGCUUUCUGCGGGUCUUGCCAUCGGCCAUGCUUACUGGGAAGCUCAAGUUGGCAAUUAUUCUUGGUACCUCUAUGAUGGAGAAGACACUACACCCUCCUACCGUGGAUUCCUAAAUUUCUGGGGCUACAUCAUUGUUCUGAAUACCCUGGUGCCCAUCUCUCUCUACGUCAGCGUGGAAGUGAUUCGUCUUGGACAGAGUUACUUCAUCAACUGGGACCUGCAGAUGUACUAUCCUGAGAAAGACACGCCCGCGAAGGCAAGAACCACCACGCUGAAUGAGCAGCUCGGGCAGAUCCAUUACAUCUUCUCUGACAAGACAGGGACGCUCACACAGAACAUCAUGACCUUUAAAAAAUGCUGCAUCAACGGGCAAAUUUACGGAGACCAUCGGGAUGCUUCUCAGAACAGUCAUAGCAAAAUAGAGCCAGUGGAUUUUAGCUGGAAUACGUAUUCCGAUGGGAAGCUUGUAUUUUAUGACCAUUAUCUCAUCGAGCAAAUCCAGUCGGGGAAGGAGCCGGAAGUGCGACAGUUCUUCUUCCUGCUGGCGGUGUGCCACACGGUCAUGGUGGACAGGCUCGACGGUCAGCUCAACUACCAGGCGGCCUCUCCUGACGAAGGUGCUCUGGUAAGCGCCGCCAGGAACUUCGGUUUUGUCUUCCUCACCAGGACCCAGAACACGAUCACCAUCAGUGAGUUGGGCACUGAGAGGACCUACAGUGUUCUCGCCAUUUUAGACUUCAACAGUGACCGGAAGCGAAUGUCUAUAAUUGUAAGAACCCUAGAAGGCAAUAUCAGGCUUUAUUGUAAAGGUGCUGACACUGUAAUUUAUGAACGGUUACAUCGAAUGAAUCCUAUGAAACAAGAGACACAGGAUGCCCUGGAUAUCUUUGCAGGUGAGACUCUUAGAACCCUGUGCCUUUGCUAUAAGGAAAUUGAAGAAAAAGAGUUUGAGGAAUGGAAUAAAAAGUUUAUGGCUGCAAGUAUAGCCUCAACCAACCGGGAUGAAGCUCUGGAUAAAGUAUAUGAGGAGAUUGAAAAAGACUUAAUUCUAUUGGGAGCAACAGCUAUUGAAGACAAGCUACAAGAUGGAGUCCCAGAAACCAUUUCAAAACUUGCAAAAGCUGACAUUAAGAUCUGGGUGCUCACUGGAGACAAAAAGGAAACUGCUGAAAAUAUAGGAUUUGCCUGUGAACUUCUUACUGAAGAUACCACUAUCUGCUAUGGGGAAGAUAUCAGUGCUCUUCUUCAUACAAGGAUGGGAAACCAGAGGAACAGAAGUGGAGUCUAUGCAAAAUUUGUACCCCAAGUACACGAACCUUUUUUUCCAUCUGGUGGAAACCGUGCCUUAAUAAUCACUGGUUCUUGGUUGAAUGAAAUUCUUCUCGAGAAAAAGACCAAGAGAAGUAAGAUUUUGAAACUGAAGUUCCCCAGGACAGAAGAAGAAAGACGAAUGAGGACACAAAGUAAGAGGAGGCUGGAAGCUAAAAAAGAGCAGCAGCAGCAGAACUUUGUCGACCUGGCCUGUGAGUGCAGUGCGGUCAUCUGCUGCCGGGUCACCCCCAAGCAGAAGGCCAUGGUGGUGGACCUGGUGAAGAGGUACAAGAAAGCCAUCACGCUCGCCAUUGGAGACGGGGCCAAUGAUGUCAACAUGAUCAAAACUGCCCACAUUGGUGUUGGAAUAAGUGGACAAGAAGGCAUGCAAGCUGUCAUGUCAAGUGACUAUUCCUUUGCACAGUUCAGAUACUUGCAGAGACUGCUGUUGGUGCACGGCAGGUGGUCUUACAUACGGAUGUGCAAGUUCCUACGAUACUUCUUUUAUAAAAACUUUUCAUUUACUUUGGUUCAUUUCUGGUACUCCUUCUUCAACGGGUACUCUGCACAGACCGCGUAUGAAGACUGGUUCAUCACCCUCUACAAUGUGAUCUACUCCAGCCUGCCCGUCCUCCUCAUGGGGCUGCUCGACCAGGAUGUGAGCGACAAACUGAGCCUCCGCUUCCCUGGGUUAUACAUGGUGGGACAAAGAGACUUACUAUUCAACUACAGGAGAUUCUUCGUAAGCUUGUUGCACGGGGUUUUAACAUCUUUGGUCCUCUUCUUCAUACCUCUUGGAGCUUAUCUGCAAACUGUGGGACAGGAUGGAGAGGCGCCCUCAGACUACCAAUCUUUUGCUGUCACAAUUGCCUCUGCUCUUGUAAUAACAGUCAAUUUCCAGAUUGGCUUGGAUACUUCUUAUUGGACUUUUGUGAAUGCUUUUUCAAUUUUUGGAAGCAUUGCAAUUUAUUUUGGCAUCAUGUUUGACCUUCAUAGUGCCGGAAUACAUGUUCUCUUUCCAUCUGCAUUUCAAUUUACAGGCACAGCUUCAAAUGCUCUGAGACAGCCAUAUAUUUGGUUGACCAUCAUCUUGACUGUUGCUGUGUGCUUGCUGCCUGUUGUUGCCACACGAUUCUUGUCAAUGACCAUCUGGCCAUCAGAAAGUGAUAAGAUUCAGAAGCACCGAAAGCGGUUAAAAGCCGAAGAGCAGUGGAAGCGGCGGCAGAAUGUGUUCCGCCGGGGCGUGUCUGCACGGCGCUCGGCCUACGCUUUCUCCCACCAGCGUGGCUAUGCCGACCUCAUCUCUUCCGGGCGCAGCAUCCGCAAGAAGCGCUAUCCCCUGGAUGCAGUCAUCGCCGAUGGGACGGCAGAAUACAGGCGAACCGUGGAGAGCUGAGGCAUUUGCUUCAGGUGACCUGUAGCAAAACAAUCACACAAAGUAAAAUGUCUUCUUUUUUUAUGAGAGACUCGACUUUUUG